AACUUCUUUAUGCACGCGCCAUGGGUAUAUGGGCAGUGACAAGAAGGAGACAAUGGAGGGUGUGGAUGUCAUAUUCUCCGAUAUACUCAGCAUGGCAUCCUUAAAGUGAACUUCUUUUAAGAGUCUUUGGUUUUCCAGAUCCAGAUGGAGGAAAGCAGGAACAACCCUUCUCAAGUUGACAGCUUCCAGGUGGAUGAAAUGCACAAUCUUAGCAUUGUUGAAUGGAAAAAGAAAAGAAAAUUACAGACUGAUCAGUUGGAUUUGCUUAGACCUAAACAUAGAUGCUGGGUUGGAAGUUUCUCCUCUGCACAUGCUUCAGUGUUUGAUGAGAAUCCAGUUUUAGAGAGCAUGCAUAACCACACAGUUGAAAGCUCGGAACCUGAAUCUGCCAAAGACAGCAAUAGUCUUAUGGAAGACUGUGAUACUGCCAUUUCUGUAAAUGAAGAAUCCAAGCAUGAGGCAGAUUGCGGAAAUUCAUACUUAUAUGUAAAUAGGGUAAGCUAUAUCGAUGAGGAAGCUUUUGUUGAUAGCGAAUGCAUUCCACCUUAUGAUGAUGCCAAUGCACAAGCUUUGAUCAAUCAUGAGGAACACCUUCAGGGGUUAGGAAGCUUUUCAGGUCAUGAAUGCUCAGAAGAUGCUAAAGACAGCAAUGAGUACCCUGUCGAGAAGGAAUUCGAAGAUUUUCUUUACUCCAGUGGGGCGAAUUCUAAUGUGUAUGUCCUUUCAUCUGGAAGAUGGAAUGUAAAUCAAGAAGCUCAAUCAAGCUCAAGACCACCAACAAUUGAUCAAGAGUUUGAGGAGUACUUUUCUAUGCUUAUGCUCUAGGACAGUUAACCUAUAAAGGAGUAUGUAUAAUGGUAUAUGUAAUGCUGAAAACGGCUGUUAUAUGUAUUGUACGAAGAUUUAGUAGUAUUCUGAUGACUUUAUAACAUCUUCUUCGGUAAGUGUAAUAUGACAUUUCUUCUUAUGGCCUUUCUUCUCUUUAUCUCUCACUCUUCAAUUCCUAAUGCAUUACAUUCUUCA